AUGGAGCUUGGGCGUGGCGCAGCAAUGAUUAUUGAAUCGCUUAAUUUGUUUUAUCACUUAAGCUGCUUUCGAUGUUACGUCUGUAAGAUGGCGCUAGGGAACGGGACCCGGGGCACUGAUGUCCGAGUACGAGACUCUAAACUUCACUGUCAAAGUUGUUAUAGUACUGAAGAAUCUGGUCUGAAGUUCAGUGUAAACAAAAUUUGA